AUGAAUUAGAAUUGGAAUUGGAAUUGGAUGAAUGGGGAAGCUACUGAGGGGUAGGAAUGAUGAGUAUGGAGGUGUGAUCGUCCACAUGGAUGAUGAGGCUAUGGACCCUGCCACUUUCAUUUCAUCUCUUGCCUCUUCACUUGCGGUUUGGAAGCUCCAGGGGAAGAAGGGUGUUUGGCUCAGAUUGCCUAUACAACGAGCCAACCUUGUUGAAGCUGCAGUCCAGGUCUGUAGCCUUUAAAUAUUCUUCCAUCAUCUUCUUCUUCUUCAACUCAAAACUCAAAACUCAAGGAUCGCAGCAAGGAUUCUGGUACCACCAUGCGGAGCCUCAUUAUUUGAUGCUCGUCUAUUGGCUUCACAAGUCUGCUCAUACUCUUCCUGAAAAUGCCACACACCGACUCGGAAUUGGUGCUUUUCUAAUCAAUCAAAACAGAGAGGUGUUAGUAGUCCAAGAAAAGGGAGGACAGUAUGGUGGGACAGGCGUGUGGAAGCUCCCUACUGGAGCUGUCGAUGAGGGGGAAGAUAUCUAUGCAGCAGCUGUGAGAGAAGUUAAAGAAGAAACAGGAGUAAGUUUUUGCUAUGCUAUUGCACUGCUGUCAUUUGGACAGAUCCACAAGUCGUUCUUUCAGAAAUCGGAUUUGUUUUUUCUGUGCAUGUUGCGACCCCUCUCCUUUGACAUCCAGAAGCAGGAACAAGAGAUAGAAGCAGCCAAGUGGAUGCCAUUUGAGGAAUAUGCAGCUCAACCAUAUGCCCAGAAAUAUGAGUUUCUGAUGUACCUCCAUGACAUAUGCAUAGCAAAGAUUGAUGGGAACUAUACUGGAUUUUCUCCAAUACCUACAACUAGUUAUUCUGUUCAGAAGAGCUACUUGUACUUGAAUAGUACCGAAGCACCCAAGAGAUAUAGUAAACUCUGAUUAUCAGAUGCCUUGAUAUCAUAUGUACCACUUCAAAGGAUUCUUAUAUUGUAAAUAACAAAUUCAUGUAAUUUGUGUAUUUCAACCUUCUUCAAUACAUACUUGGAUAGAUAACUAAUAUGAACUUCUAUCUAAUAUGUAAAUUUGAUGAAAGAACUUAGAAUUUGAAUCGCAGAAGCCAUAACAUCGUCAGAAGCAAAAAAA